CAACACAAGAACCGAGCCCUGCUCAUCCGGGGUGCAACAAAUGUAGAAGACGACUUUUUUUCCUCUGCACUGCUUGCCGCUUUUGACCAUUUUGAGCUGCCGGAAAGACAAAAAGAAGUUAGAAACUAUUUUGCCCCAUUGGUUUUUUCUUCGCCAUUUCACCUAUUGUACCAUUUCCAAGUAGUUUUUGAUAUCCAUAGCUAUGUCCACAAAAAGUCGAACUGCUACAAAACCCUAGACCGGGGAAUCGAUCUCAGUAGGCGGUCUAUUUUAGGCCCGCACUUGUGUCGUGGGGCUAUAGAAAAGUAAUAGAAAUCAAGCCCACGACGUGAUACAGAGUUUUUUAAGCCAAGUACUUAGCCGGAAAAACAAGAAAGUAUGUGAGGGGCCAAGUGCUGUUUCCGUUGCUACCCGGGAAGUAGACGUGGAAAAAUGCAGAAGAAAAGCAUGGCUUUCGUUUUCCGCGCCCGGUAGAAGCAGUCGCCCAACCUUUCUUCGAAGCGCCUAUUUUUUAUCGACGGGAGGCACAACUAGGGAGGGUACCGCGACGACCGCGAGCCAAGGGGCCGGAGGUCCGCCCUCGCGGCGCGGUUGAAAAGAGACUUGCGCGUGCUAGUGCCAGGAACUUUGCGGAAGUGCAGCUUUGUCUCGAAAUUAUAGAAGACUGCUUCAUCACUACACGAACAGCAUCAAGCAGCAGCGAUACGCCUCCAUUUUGCCGGCAGCGCCGAAUUCGCGAGUAGCUCGCUUUAUGCACCGCAAAACCAGUACUAUUGCGCUCGUACAAAGACUUCACUUGUAACGGAAAAACGAAGCGUGCUGGUUUAAUGCAAAUUUAGCUACCAUCUACCUGAGAAGUAGCUUUGACCACGAUCUGCC